AUGGUCCAUGUUUCUUUCAGGUAUAUCUUUGGAAUUCCUCCCCUGAUCCUCGUUCUGUUGCCAGUCGCGUCAUCUGAUUGUGAGCUUGAAGGUAAAAGCGGCGAAGAGUACCAGAAUGUCAUCAUGGUCAGCCUCAAUGACCUGGACAGGAUAAGAGAAAAUUAUAGCAAUUGCCUGAAUAAUGAACCUAACUUUUUUAAAAAGCAUUCAUGUGAUGAUGAUAAGGAAGCUACGUUUUUAAAAACUGCUGCUCGCAAGUUGAAGCAAUUUCUUAGAAUGAAUAUCCAUGAGGAAUUCAAGACCCACUUACAAAUAGUUUCACAGGGCACAUUACAACUGUUGAACUGUACCAAGAAGGAAGAGAAGAAGUCUUCAAAGGGGCAGAGAAAACAGGAUGAAAUGUGUUUCCUGAUGAUACUACUAGAAAAGAUAAAAACCUGCUGGAAUAAAAUUUUGAGCGGCACUAAAGAGCAUUGA